ACAUCUGUCUCUGCCCACCAACCUACAGGUUCACACGGUGGUUUUGUGGCUACUAAUGACUCGAAUCAUUUAGCUCCUUUCAAGAAUCGAAACAAAAUUGAGGUUGAUGGUCCCGUAUGGCCUACUCAUAUACCACAUGCGCCCCAGCCCACUCGUCCUCUAAUGUAUCAGUGGCCUGGAUCUACGUACAUGGACUCUUACUCGCUGGCGAGCAAUCAUACAAUGGGAAUGAGCAUCCCUCGACCCUCCGCCCCCCCUCCCAUUCUUGCGAUGCAAGACAACUUGCUUGAAAAUUUCCCCAAUGUCUGCAAUAUUCUACCACCUCACCCUCCUCCACGCAACCACGGUACUAUUCGUUUCGAACCAUAUCAUAAGGGCCGUCCUCAUAAGCACCUUGGUGCCUUUCUUUGUCGGUGGAACAACAAAGGAGCCCUUUGUGGUGAUGAGCUUCGGGCUACACCCAAGGACAUUCUCGCCCACCUGCGCCAGGAUCAUGGUAUUGUGAUUGGUAACAAGGAAACAUACCGUUGCCUUUGGAUUACAGCUCACGGUCAAUGUGAGGAGCAGCUGAGGUUCCGGAGUUUUGGGCGUCACAUCAUUAAGCACACUGGUAUCAGAAUCAAAUGUUCUCUCUGUGGUACGACGAUGCCAGCUCGGAAUGACCUCGCUACCAAGCAUCGCCAUCAUCACCCGAAUUGCUCUCAAGCAGACUUUAUCAUUAUUCCAGGUCGCAAUACUGAGGCGCCUUGUUGACAACCUGCCACCACUCCUUUGCGAUGUUUCGAAUGGCUUGUCGCAUGCUAUGUGAUAUUGACGCCCCUCCCGGCUGGCCGAGAUGGGCGUGAUUUUCGGUUUUGAUUAAUCUUCGGUUGUGGUUCAACAGAGUUUUGACAUUGUUGGGCCCUCGAGGCCUCACCUCUCACCUCUCAUCCCCAGUUCCGCCUUCCCCGUGGGCUUCUCUUCCCCCCACACGCACCGGUUGCUUACU